UUCGUUUAUUUGCUUAAAUAUGACCUUGAAAUAAACGUCAAGAUCACACGACCAAUUUUAAUUCUACAUGCCAAAAUUUGAGAUAAACCUCACCGUAAUCCAACCUGUAAACCCUGCGCGCCACGCGUUUUGGGAGUACCAAGAUGGUGGCCAACCGGCUUCAACAAUCGACAUAUUGCUCGAUGUGUAUGCGCUAUCCAUCUUUUUUUAGAUCAGUGGUUCCACGUCUUUGUAAUCGGAAAUGCCAAAAAACACGACCAGAUCGGUAUUACUUUCUGGCUCUUGUCAUAAGCGAAUCCGCACCAUUGCGCAUGCUCGUUAGGCGGUUCGCGGUUGAGCCAAAGGCGGAGCGAAUAUGUUGCUAGCAUCCAGAAUAGAUGCACUAGCCCUUUCACAACAAUAACAUAAUCUAAAUUUGUCUCGUUUUACCUUUUCAUUUGGAUUAUAUUGCAGCCGUUUGUGGAAGUACUGGAACUUGGAUCGUAUCCGCUUAUUCGGCGGUUAUGUUUUGAAACUGCGUCCUCCGUUGACAAUGGGAGCGAAGGGGUUUGCAGAUUUACAAUGCUCAUUUUUGCAGCAGCAGAAACUAGAAACAUGGCUGGCCAGAUAGGCCGCACGCGGAGGUUUUGUAGCCAACAACAGGCGUAUUUGGAUCCAACGUACGCCAUAUUGGAUUGCUUUUACCGCUAAAAGUGGUAUUGAGAAUUAAGUGUUUUAACACGCGAUUGUCGCUCACUGUUGUUAAACAAGCUAGCGAGUUCGCUCGUCCCGCAACCUUGACUGCUUUGACAUCGACGUUAGCGUAUUAGCCGGCUAAAGACCGCUAGCGUUUCUUGGGCAGCUGCCCGUUGUGCACUUCAUUUAGAUACACGUAGCGGCGUUUUGCUGGAUCAACACUUGUUGAUUGCCUAUUAGCUGUAAGGAUUGUGCAUAGAAUUUGUUACUCUUGUCCUGAACGAAUGUGGGACAAAAUGGAGGCUCCGACGAUUGUGUACGACUUGGAUACAUCUGGGGGCUUAAUGGAGCAAAUUCAGACACUUCUGGCGCCCCCGAAGUCUGACGAAGUCGAAAAGAGAAGUCGGAAGUUGGGGAGAGACGUCCGGAGAAGCGGCAGGGCCACCAACCACGACACCUGCGAUAGUUGUAGAGAAGGAGGGGAUUUGUUGUGCUGUGACCACUGCCCUGCAGCCUUCCACCUCCAGUGCUGUGACCCACCUUUGAGUGAAGAGAUGCUUCCUCCAGGAGAAUGGAUGUGUCAUCGCUGCACUGUUCGAAGAAAGAAGCGAGACCAAAAGUCUGAACAGACCAAUGGCCUGUUUGAAAAGUCCUCUGCUAAGCGCUCUUCCUCUCCACCUAUGGAGCUGGAGCUUGGCGCUGGCCCACUGCGUCUUGAUGGCCUUCCUCCAGGGGCUGGAGCAGCAGGGCCUGGUCUUCGCGUGGCCCAGGUACGCCUUUUGGACCGUAGGAGUAGCAGCAGGCCAAGCAGCAGGCCAGGCACGCCAACUUCCAAUACUUCGUCGACCCCUACCCCCUCAGAGGAGCAGAAUGACGGAGAAGAGGAGGCAGCUGACCCUGAGGAUGAUGUUCAGUGUACCGAGCUCGAGAGCAACGCAUUGUCAUCUCCUACCCCUCGUCUCCUCAAGAGGCCUUUUCAGCUGCUCAUAGCAGCUGCAAUGGAAAGAAAUCCCACACAGUUCCAGCUACCCAGUGAACUUACAUGUACUACUGCAUUGCCAGGCAGCAGUAAACGAAGGAAAAAGGAGGAAUUGCUUGGGAGGCCGUUCAGGCGACCACAAUAUGAAUUAGAUCCUAAUGGUUUGGUACCAUUACCUGUCAAAGUCUGUUUUUCAUGCAACAGGAGUUGCAGGUUGGCUCCCUUGAUACAGUGUGACUACUGUCCUCUCCUCUUCCACACGGAUUGUCUGGACCCACCUCUUACAGCUUUCCCUGCUGGAAAAUGGAUGUGCCCAAAUCAUGUUGAGCAUUUAGUGCUAAAUCAGAGGAGCCUGAGCCUGUCUAGUCGCUGUCAGCUUUUCGAUGAUUUUCAGGACAGAAUGUCCCAACAUGCUGUCAAGUUGGACUUCCUACGCAGAGUGCAUCGACAGUUUUCGCCAAACUGUCGGCCCAGUCAGCAGUACAGCAAAAGGACUAUCAAGGUGCCAGAUGCCAUCAAGUCUCAGUACAAGAAUCCACCUUCCAUUGUACAUCCUGCAGGAGUACGCCAGUUGGAGUUGGUUUGUAGUGGUGUCUCUGAACAGUCAGCAAAGCACCUCGCCACAGAAGCUGAGCAGCAAGAGUGGCUUCAGGAUGUCAUCGCCCUCCAGUGCAGCAUCAUACGACACUUGUCCACCAAGCAAAAUAAUUCAUCCAUGCCAUCAGCACAGGUGGACUCUAACAAUAAAGAAGGGUGUAAAUCUUGUACUUCAUCAGAGGAUGUGAAAAUGCAACACUCUUUCCAAAGGACUUCUUCUCCUGGCCCCUACUCUAAAAUCUGCAGUAAAUCUGAUGACCCCCAGGGGUGCUCUUCCACACAGGGCACCCUAGCACAGCAAGUUGCCUCGAAAUGCAGCAUGCAACCAUGCCAGAACUGUAGGAAACAUUAUGGACCUUCACCCGAUAAGUGUCACCCUUCCAAAGCAAAUGGACCAUUAGACUGUAACAGCGAAUUACAGUAUUGCGUACAAGCAUUCCCACAACACAGACUAAAGCCCUGCACAGACACACCUGACUCUGCUGCUGUUGUCCUGGUGAACCACAUAGGAACUGAAACACUCAAGAAGGAACCUGAGAGCAACACAGAAGCUUGCACUCCAAAAAAUUCUGUAUCCACAACUAAAGGCUCUCAAAGCAACCAGCAGUACCAUAGGAGCCAGGCAGAGCUCCAGAUUGAGUGUCUGAGCAACAACAUAAUACCGUCUGACUCCAUCACCCACCAAGAGCAACAUCCAAGCAGCAUUGAAUCGUCAUCGCCAACUCCAGAUGUGAAGGCUGGAUUGGGACUGACGGACACAUUGCUAUCCACUUCGCUCUCCUCCAUCACGAAUCUCUGCAUGAAAGAUUGCAUUGAUGCAAAUAGGGGGUUAGACCUGGAAAAGCUUGAUACUGAGAUGGUAAAGAUACUGGCAUGGCAGAGGAUCCAGCAGCUAUUCCCUUGUACAGCUACCAGCCCCCUUCUGACAGAUGCCAACGACGCUCCGAAACCCCUGAAAUCUCUACCCAACUAUCAGAAGAAGUUGCAGGCCCGAGCAGUCUUUUACCCACUUACAGCAAAAGGAAAGGCUGUUAGCAUGUGCUAUAGGACAUUAUACAUCGGAUCUGGUGCUGACAUGGAUGUGUGCCUUCCAAACUAUGGUCAUUGCAACUUUGUUUCAGGGAAACAUGCCUGUAUAUUCUAUGACGAGAACACCAAGCAUUAUGAGUUACUUAACUACAGUGAGCACGGCACCACAGUAGACAACGUCCUUUACUCCUGUGACUUCUCUGAGAAAGCCUCGCGAUCUCCACCCAGUGGCCUAGUGGCUAAAGUACAAGGCAUCGUUCGUCAAAGCAAAAAGUGGAUGGACAAAGACAAUUCUACCACAUCUGUGGUAGGAUUGCUCCCAGCUGGCGGAGUGAUGACCAGCCACCCUCAAGGUGGCCUGGAGCAGUUGUGCAGCUGUAAGGCAAGCAGCUCAAGCCUGAUUGGAGGUAGCGGAGCAGGCUGGGAGGGCACUGCCAUGCUCCACCACGGUAGCUACAUAAAAUUAGGUUGCCUGCAGUUUGUGUUCAGCAUCGCAGAAUUUGCCAGUAAACAGCUGAAAGAGGAAGACAUUGUUAUGCCUGCUACCAGCCUCAGUAGCAACAGUGCUUUUAGCCUCACACAUGCCACAAUUCUUGCACCUCCCCGCAACACUGCUACAGCAUGCAGCACCUCCAGUCAGGAUGAGAUGGAAACAGUACCUUCUGACCAAGUGUUCACUCUGCACUCUAACUCCAUCCCAUAAACACAAAACAGGAAAUCCCACCCUCUAUUUUUCUUUUUGCACCUUCUUUGAUAUAGUUAUUGUAAAGCUGCACAGUUGGCUGGUGGACAGGGAUAUUUUUAAGGUCAUUGUUAAUGAUUUAUAUAUUUGCAUGAACUUGGGAGUAUAAUUGACAAUCUUUUCUAUUUUUGAAAGACUGACAUCAACCAUCCAUGUUAGACUGACUUUGAGCAAUGAGUAUGUCUAUGCUCAGUUAUUUUGCCAGUAUCUUAUGUAUGAAGUAUCCUAAUGUUGUCAAUGUUUAGCACAAUUUUUUUUUUUUUUUUUUUUUUUUUUUUUUUUUGGUAUUACCAUUCAUUCUUAUUUCUUUGGCUGCCUUCGCGCCACAGGUAUCUCUGUAUGACAAGGUACACUACUGUUCAAAAAUUUGCUGUCAUCUAGAAAUGUCCAUUUUUUUCAACAAUCAAAAGCACUGUCGCAUUACCAUUCAAAGGUUUGGGGUAAUUCAUUUAGAAAUGUCCUGAAUAUUAAUAAUUUUUAAAUGAAGCUAAAAUCGACUCAAUCUGAUAUACAGUUCAGAAAUUUUUGUGGUCAAUUUUUUUUCUCUAUUGAAAAAGACAUUUCUCUGUGAUUCCCAAACUCUUAAUUUAUACUUACAGCAAUGUAUUGGUGUAAUCUUGUGUAAUCUCUAAUCUUGUAAUCAUCUUGGUGACCCCAGACUUUUUGAAUGGUAGUGUGCAUACAUUAUAUGUACUUCCAUCUUCUGUCAGUAUGUAUGAUUCAAUCCCUCUCCAUUGGGGAAACAUUGCAUUUCAUGUAGAUUCACCAUUUUUGGUUUUUAACUGUACAUCCGCUGUUAUCUGUGUAAUUUGUAAUCUGUGUAGACUACCAGAGAUUUUGUGAUACUUUGUUCAUAGUCUGUACUCAGAUAUAAUUCAUCUGUAAAUAUAUUGUUUUAAGCACUCAUUUUAACAACCUGUGCUGCUUUGUGUAGAAGCACUUUUUCUGUAGCCUCUCUUCUCAUAAUUGUAAAUACAAAGAUUUUCUAAGUACAAGAUCACUAAAUCCGUUGUGGCCCUGUAUUUUUUUUUCCUCUGAGAGAGUGAUUGUCGCAAGUCCUUUCCUAAUGAGUAUCAUAACGGGUGCAGAUGAACGUAUCAUCACUGAUGAGCAAAGAACAAAAUCUGCAUCAAUCAACGGAGAACAGUGGUUCCCAGACAUU